AUGGGCUUCGAAAUCAAGCCCGCAGCCCCCGGUGAUGGGGCAGAACUUGCAGAUGUUUUCCUCGAGUCCUUUUCCGAUGAGUUCAACCAAAAGCUUUGGCCGCGGACGCCCGAUGUCCGUUCAUUCUGGGCAGAGAAAUUCAAUGCAUCUAUCGAACAACGAGGAGCAACAUCAUUCAUUGUUAAAAUCGAGGCGCUAAACUCCGAGUCGCAACCCGUCAUCGCAGCAUUUGCCAAGUGGAAACUUUAUAGCGGCGAUGCUCGUCCCGAAGAGCAGGAGACGAAGGACAUGACAGCCUGGCCCGAAAGCUGUGACGCAGAUCUCUGUGAUCGUUUCUUCGGCAGGCUAGAAAAAGAGAGGGUCAAUGCUAUGGGUAACAGGCCGCAUUAUUAUCUCGAUAUGCUGGGUACAAGACCCGAAUUCAACGGCCGCGGCCUCGCUUCGAAACUGCUCCAGUGGGGCUUGUCCAGAGCCGAUGAGAAGAAAGUGAUGACUUUCUUAGUGUCAACGCCGCAGGGAAAACGUCUGUAUGAGAGAUAUGGGUUUGAGACGCUGGCUGAGAACGAGGCUGUUCCAGGUUAUUCCAUGGCUUCAAUGGUGAGGCCCGCGCCGGUGUAG